CAAACGUUUGUUUGACAAACAUCAUUAAACCUCAGAGGAAGAAGUUAAGUUUCACCGCGCUCUCUGUUGUUGUUAUGUCGGUGUGCUGCCUUCAUACAAACAGUUAGACAAGUUUCUAUAGAGAGAAAAUACAGAUUUUGAAUCAGUUCAGUAAAUACCUGUAAUAUCCUCACAUUCGUGAGUUUUGAAGCGAGCAGGAAUAUCUGGAAGAGUAUCAGCUGAACUUAGAUCUGCUGCUGUGAAAAUUAUGUUUAUUAAAGAAGAAACAGAAGAGAACACGAGUGAACCAGAAACCUGGAGAAUAAAACAAGAGGAACCAGAAACUUGCAGAAUAAAACAAGAGGAACCAGAAACCUGGAGAAUAAAACAAGAGGAACCAGAAACCUGGAGAUUAACACAUGAGGAACCAGAAACCUGGAGAAUAAAACAAGAGGAACCAGAAACAUGCAGAAUAAAAAAAGAGGAACAAGGAGAGUACAUUGAAGAAAAAGAGGAAAAUGAAGAAUCAAAUAAUCAAGAGAAGCAGCAUGCAUGUGAUCAAUGCAGUAAAAUGUUUUUAUGGGCUUCACUUCUGAAGAAACACUUGAAAGUUCAUGCAAAGAAGAAGCCACAUUCAUGUCAUUUGUGUGGUAAGAGUUUUUUGCAUCUACAAAGUUUGAAAGAACAUCAGAAAAUACAUGCUGGUGUGAGAGAGUACAUGUGCUUUGGGUGUGAAAAGACUUUUAGUUCAGUGAGCAGUUUAAAACUGCACGAGAGGAUUCACACUGGAGAGAAACCUUACAAGUGUUCACACUGUGACUGGAGAUUCAGUCAUCUAUCAAAUCUGAAAAGACACGAGAGGAUUCACACUGGAGAGAAACCUUACAAGUGUUCACACUGUAACAAGAGAUUCAGUGAUUCGACACGUCUGAAAACACAUGAGAGGAUCCACACUGGAGAGAAACCUUACAAGUGUUCACACUGUGACAAGAGAUUCAGUAAUUCGACACGUCUGAAAACACAUGAGAGGAUCCACACUGGAGAGAAACCUUACAAGUGUUCACACUGUGACAAGCGAUUCAUUCAGUCAGCAGAGCUGAAAACACAUGAGAGGAUCCACACUGGAGAGAAACCUUACAAGUGUUCACACUGUGACAAGAGAUUCAGUAAUUUGACACGUCUGAAAACACAUGAGAGGAUCCACACUGGAGAGAAACCUUACAAGUGUUCACAUUGUGACAAGAGAUUCAGUGAUUCAACACAUCUGAAAACACAUGAGAGGAUCCAUACUGGAGAGAAACCUUACAAGUGUUCACACUGUGACAAGCGAUUCUUUCAGUCAGCAGAGCGGAAAACACAUGAGAGGAUCCACACUGGAGAGAAACCUUACAAGUGUUCACACUGUGACAAGAGAUUCCGUAUUACAUUGAGUCUGAAAAGACAUGAGCGGACCCACACUGGAGAGAAACCUUACAAGUGUUCACACUGUGACAAGAGAUUCAGUGUUACAUCGAGUCUGAAAAGACAUGAGAGCAUUCACACUGGAGAGAAACCUUACAAGUGUUCACACUGUGACUGGAGAUUCAUUCGUACAGGAAAUCUGAAAAGACAUGAGAUGAUUCACACUGGAGAGAAACCUUACAAGUGUUCACACUGUGACAAGAGAUUCAGUGAUUCGACAUGUCUGAAAACACAUGAGAGGAUCCACACUGGAGAGAAACCUUACAAGUGUUCACACUGUGACAAGAGAUUCAGUGAUUCGACACGUCUGAAAACACAUGAGAGGAUCCACACUGGAGAGAAACCUUACAAGUGUUCACACUGUGACAAGAGAUUCAGUGAUUCGACAUGUCUGAAAACACAUGAGAGGAUCCACACUGGAGAGAAACCUUACAAGUGUUCACACUGUGACAAGAGAUUCAGUGUGUCAUCAAGUCUGAAAACACAUGAGAGGAUUCACACUGGUGAGAAACCUUAUAAAUGUUCACACUGUGACGAGAUUCAGUCGUUCAGGAAAUCUGAAAACACAUGAGAGGAUUCACCCUGGAUAGAAAGCACAUCACCGCAAUGUACGUGGGAAGUGUUCCUUUAUGUCAUCUGUUACACACAGUCAUACAAAAAACAAUCACAGUAAGGCCCCGUACACGCGGAGACACAUUUAGUUGUAUAUGUAAAUAUUUUGUAUGGUAUAUGUGUUUCGUCCAGACGGAUCCAGCAUUUUGGGAGAGUGAAUUCAUUUUUUUUUUAACCGGGUCCCAGAGUGGAUAAAUCUGAAAAUGACACCUUUUUUGCUUUUAAUAAUAAUAAUAAUAAUAAUUCUUUACAUUUAUAUAGCGCUUUUCUAGACACUCAAAGUGCUUUACAUAGACAGGGGGUAUCUCCUCAUCCACCACCAGUGUGCAGCAUCCACCUGGAUGAUGCGACGGCAGCCAUAUUGCACCAGAACGCCCACCACACACCAGCUUACUGAUGGAGAGGAGACAGAGUGAUGAAG